GGAAACUGAGGCCCCCGGGCUAAGCUGCUGCGUCAGGGUGCAGAGGGUCCGGCUUAGAUGCUCCCAGCGGAGGACUGCGUCCCGCAAAAAGCAUCAGGGAGGGGCUGUGGGGAAAGGCGCCGGGUGUCCCUUCCUUUUGCGGUAGGAAGCGGGACCUAUAGGCACGGAGGAGCUAGGCACAGGGGCCAGGGAGGCUUGGGUGGACCUCAGCCCUGACCCGGAAAGGAGGGUGAGGGUGUGUGUGCCUGAGGAGAAGCUGGGGGAGCUGGGAGGACCCGAGGGGUGCCACUGUUGGGCCACAGGCUGUGGCCACAGGGUAUGACUCGGAGCACUUCCCUUCCUGUCUCAGUGUGCCCAGCCGCGAGCCUGGCCUUAAAGGAUCCCUCUCCUGCCCUCUUCUGCUGUAUCUGGGCGCCAGGGUUAGCCUGACAGACACUGGGACACAUGAUGCAGACCCUUACUGAGGCCUGGCUAGGUGCCAGCAUGUGUCUGAGUGGUUUCCUCACAUCCUUUCAGCAGUACUGUGAGGUGGGGUCCUCAUCCCCAUUUCCCAGAUGGGGAGACUAAGGCCUAUGAAGGAAGGGUGAAGUCUGGUCCACACCCUAGUGGGUGGUACAGCUAAGCCCACAGUUGUUCUCUUUCUAUUGCACCAGCUGCCUCAGAGUCAAGGCCUGGGACGUGGGCCAAGGGGGCUGCUGCAGGACCCUGAAGGGUGAGGAGAGUUUGUGCCACAGAGGCGAGGAGGCAGCGAUGCCAUGCGGGGACCUGCAGGAGCCAGGCCCGAGCCGGCGUCAUGCUGAAGACGAUGACCUUACAAGGCUUUACGGGCCAGCAGCCUGCGCCAGGGGCCCUUGACUUGCCCCGAAGCCACCAGAAGUUGCCCUUCACCUCGGAGGCAGAGUCAGAAGCCUCCAUGUCGGAGGCCUCCUCCGAGGACCUGGUGCCACCCCUGGAGGCCGACGAAGCCCCAGAUAGGGAUGAAGGAGAGGCUGCGAAGAAGAAGAAGAAGUCGAAAGGCCUGGCCAACAUGUUUAGCGUCUUCACCAAAGGGAGGAAGAAGAAGAGUCAGCCCAGCUCAGCAGAGACAGAGGGCGACUCUGAGUCCCAGUCCGGGCCGGCUGGCCGGCUGCCCACAGUGGAGGAGCUCAAGGCCGACCUGGAGCACGGACGGCUGGAGGCGGCGGGGCCGCUGCUGGCGCUGGAGCGGGAGCUGCAGGCGGCGAUGGCGGCGGGCGGCAUGAGCGAGGAGGAGCUGCUGCGGCGCCAGAGCAAGGUGGAGGCGCUGUACGUGCUGCUGCGCGACCAGGUGCUCGGCCUGCUGCGCCGGCCGCUGGAGGCGGCGCCGGAGCGGCUGCGCCAGGCGCUGGCCGUGCUGGCCGAGCAGGAGCGCGAGGACCGCGCGGCGGCGGCGGCGGGGCCCGGGCCCUCGGCACUGGCGGCCACGCGGCCCCGGCGCUGGCUGCAGCUGUGGCGGCGCGGCGUGGCGCAGGCGGCCGAGGAGCGCCUGGGCCAGCGGCCGGCCGCGGCUGCCGAGGGCCGCACGGAGGCCGAGCGCGCCUUCCUGCACAUGGGCCGCACCAUGAAGGAGGACCUGGAGGCCGUGGUGGAGCGGCUGAAGCCGCUGUUCCCCGCCGAGUUCGCCGUGGUGGCGGCCUACGCCGAGAGCUACCACGAGCACUUCGCGGCGCAGCUGGCGGACUUGGCGCAGUUCGAGCUGAGCGAACGCGACACCUACGUGCUGCUGGUCUGGGUGCAGAACCUCUACCCCAAUGACGUCAUCAACAGCCCCAAGCUGGCAGGCGAGCUGCAAGGAGUCGGGCUUGGGAGUCUCCUGUCCCCCAAGCAGAUCCGGCUGCUGGAGGCCACGUUCCUCUCCAAUCAGGUGGCCAGCGUGAAGGAGCUGACGGCCCGUGCCCUGGAGCUGGAGUCACAGCGCUGGACCCAGGAUGUGGCUCCGCAGAGGCUGGACGGCCGCUGCCACAGUGAGCUGGCCAUUGACAUCAUCCAGAUCAUCUCCCAGGGCCAGGCCAAGGCCGAGAGCAUCACCCUUGACCUGGGCGCGCAGAUGAAGCACUUGCUGCUGGUGGAGCUGGCUGUGUUCCUCAACAGCUACCAGCGUGCCUUUGAUGAAUUUCUGGAGAGGAGCAAACAGCUGAGAAAUUACAGGGCCAAUGUCAUCGCCAACAUCAACAACUGCCUCUCCUUCCGGAUGUUCGUGGACCAGAAGUGGCAGACACCACAGGACCUCCCGAGCCACCUGCUGAGCCCCCUGGAUGAGCUCAGGAGUCAUGGCGUUGAUACCCUGCUCCAGAGCCUGUUUGGGGCCCUGAAGGGCGUGGCCAGACAUCCUGCUCCUCUCCUUUCACAGCCGCUGUUCAAGAGGUUCACACAGACCCGCUGGGCAGCCCCCGCGCAGACCCUGGAGGAAAUUAUCUCCGUGGUGGGCGAGAGGCUGCCCGAGUUCUCUGAACUGCAGGACUGUUUCCGGGAGGAGCUCAUGGAGGUUGUACACCUGCACCUGGUGAAGGAGUACAUCGUCCGCCUCAGCAAGCGGCGCCUGGUCCUCAAGACGGCAGAGCAGCAGCAGCAGCUGGCGGGGCACAUCCUGGCCAACGCUGAGCUCAUCCAGCGCUUCUGCACUCAGAACGGCUCCCCGGCAACCUGGCUGCAUCGUGCCCUCCCCAUGCUCGCAGAGAUUAUUCGCCUGCAAGACCCCAGCGCCAUCAAGAUCGAGGUGGCCACGUGUGCCGCCUGGUACCCUGACUUCAGCAAAGGCCACCUGAGUGCCAUCCUGGCCAUCAAGGGGAACCUGACCAACAGUGAAUCCAGGGGCAUCCGGAGCAUCCUGGACAUCCACACGGGGGCGCGCGAGCCCUCCAAGUCCCUGUUUUCACUUGUAAAGGUUGGUUAGCUGCUUCCGCCGCCUGACCUGCUCGUGAGCUCAUGGCGAGCAGCGGAUGCCACCCCGUUCGGGGGCCGUUCAGACCAGCACCGGCUUCACAGCCCCACACGGCCUCUCACGGACGUCCUGCCUUCUGCUGCUGCUUCUGACCAGCCCUGGCCUAGGCGCAGGUCCCUGGGCCGCGGGAACUGGACAGGCCCUGGCUUCUUCACCCCUCCCGUGGCGGGGCAGGGGGGGAGCUAUGGGGACCCAAGGAGGCCACACAUGAGAAGCUCCCUGUAGAUGACAGGGGAUCUUGCACGCUCUGAAGGAGGGGCCAGGAGGGGAAGUGGCCAGGGGACGGAGCUCCAGGGUCACCGCCUGUCUGUGGGGUCCUUCCACAGGCUGCCUCCGGAUUGCCCUCCUCAGCCUGGGUCUUGGCGCCUCCCCAGCUCCUGGGCGGCGGCCUGAGCCUCACCCCUCCUGCCUCCUCUGGUCCAGGGCUGUGCUGAGCUGGGCUCAGCCGGGGCGUGGAAUGGAGGGCAGACUGGAGGGAGAAAAGGGAAAGAGGAGCUCUCAUCUGGGACCUGGAAAGGGGCCUGUGGGGUCCCAUGGCACGCUGGGGGCAGAGCUGGCAUCAGGGCCCCUGCAGCUCAGCCCCUGCCCCUUCUCUGCUUCCCCACGGGCUUCCCCUGAGGAUGGGUCCGGGAGGGGCAAGGACCUCCUGGGUUUUCUCGGCCUCCGCCUUCCCCCACACGGAGACAGGCCCAGGGGUGCCUCCGCAGGUCCUCCCCGGAAGUCAGGCUGAGGUCUGGGCAGGGCAAGCUUGACCUCUGACUCCUCGGCCUCUGGAUUCGUUUCCUAUUGCCACUUCAGCAAACUUCCACAAGCUUAGUAGUUUAAGACGAGAACGCUCUUUCGGUUGUGGAGGUCAGAAGUCUGACGUGGGCCUAGUGGGCUAAAGCCAAGGUGUCAGCCGGCCUGGUUCUGUCUGGAUGCUCCGGAGGGCCAUUUCCUUGCCUUUUCCAGUUUUUAGAGGCCGGCCUCCCCUGUUUCUUGGCUAGUGGCCCCCUUCUAUCUCCAAAGCCAGCAACGGCCGGUCGAUCUCUUUUUCACAUCUCAGCACCCCUCUCCUGCCUCCAUCUUCCUUCCUUAAGGACCCCAGUGAUGACCUUUGACCCCCCCAGACAAUGACCUUUGACCUACCCAGACAAUCCAGGAUCCUCUUCCGAUGUCAAGUUCAGCUGAUGAGCAACCUUAAUUCCACCUGACCCCUUAACUCCUCUUUGCCUUGGAACCUGACGUAGUCGCAGUUCCAGGGAUGUGGACGUGGGCGUCUUUGGAGGGGGGUAUUAUUUUGCCCACCUCAGCCUCCACCCAUCCCCUGCCCUGUGGGGUGCCUUGUCCUAUCCCAGGAAAACAUGGGUUCAGUUACCCUCCUCGGCCUCUGCUUACCCCAGAGGCUCUCGGCAGUCAGACGUAGGCACAACUCCACCUCACCUGCGCCGCUGGGCACGCCGUGACGGGGUUUGCAGCCAGCUCUCGGGUUUGUGCUCCCUCUUUCCAGGUACUGUGGCCAGAAACUGGCCCGUGUAAGUGGUGCACAAAGGCCUUUGUACAUUUGUAGGAGUUUGCAUGUUUGAUGUUAUUAUUAUUAUUUUUGAUAGUACUGCUUUUGUAUGUGUUUUUCUAUAACAUGAUCUUAGUUUUUAUAGCUUGCUAUAAAGCUGAUUUCAAAAGUG